AGCCUCAGCCCUCUGACCUCUUGCGACGCGUCGCCGUUUCCCUGCCGCCUACCGCACGCACGCGAUAAAACCUCCAGGUCAUUCCAUCACCCUGCACGACUUGGAUCCUCUGCGAUCGCUCGACUCGGUAGUGCAACCUUGAAGCCAAAGCCAAACCCGACUAUCAACCCUUGACAAUGCCUCUCUGCGGCGGCUCCAAGACGGUGCAGCGCAAGCUGGUUCUUCUGGGCGAUGGUGCCAGCGGAAAGACGUCGCUGCUCAACGUCUUCACAAGAGGUUACUUUCCCACCGUCUACGAACCUACCGUCUUUGAAAAUUACGUCCACGACAUCUUUGUCGACAACGUCCACAUCGAGCUCUCCCUCUGGGAUACGGCGGGACAGGAGGAAUUCGAUCGGCUGCGAUCGCUCUCCUACGAUGACACCGAUUUGAUCGUGCUCUGUUACUCGGUCGAUAGCAAAGACUCGCUAGAAAACGUCGAAUCCAAAUGGGUCGGAGAGAUUGCCGACAACUGCCCCGGCGUCAAGCUGGUCCUCGUCGCCCUCAAGUGCGACCUGCGCCAGCAAGAGGACGACGAGCCCGAGGACCAGGCAGCGGCCGACGGCAACGCACAGCGCGAGAAACCGCCCACGAUUUCCUACGACGAGGGCCUUGAGGUCGCCAAGCGGAUAGGCGCCUCGCGCUACCUGGAGUGCUCGGCGAUGAAGAACCGCGGCGUCAACGAGGCCUUUACCGAGGCGGCCCGCGUAGCGCUAAGCGUCAAGAAGGAGAGGGAAGACAACAAGUGCACAAUCAUGUAA